AUGGCACUCAUUGAGAAGGCUGGCCUGAUGAAAACUGUUCUACAUGUUGGUAGAUAUUUUGAGAGGCUUGUGAAGGAAUUUGUGGUGAAUUUGUCUGUGGAAGUGGGACUUCUUGAGAGUGAUGAAUACAAGAAGGUGUAUGUCAGGGAAAAACGUGUGAAGUUUUCUCCUGAUGUGAUCAACAAGGCAUUUGGAAGAAGUGCUACUGCAGUUGCUGAUGAAGAACCAUCCUUGGAUGUGGUUGCCAAGGAACUUACAGCUGAGCAAGUUCAGAAAUGGCCCAAGAAGAAGUUGUUGUCCACAGGGAAUCUCAGCGUGAAGUUAAUUUACAAGAUUGGUAAUAUGGUUCCUAUUGAUUUUGGUACUUUUGUUUUUGAACAUACCUUGAAGCAUGCCGAGACAUGUGUUGUGAAGUUGCCUAUCUCUUUCUCAUCUCUGAUCACAGAGAUCAUUCUGCAACAGCAUCCCAAGAUUGUCAGGGAUGAUGAGGAGGCCAUGCCCAAAGGUGCUCCUAUCACCUUGGAUCAUCAUUUGUUCUUUGGGCCUCAUGUCCCAGACAUUGAUGUGCCAUCCAGCAAGACAUUUGCUUCUGCUCCAAUGACUAAGUCUGGAAGGAGGGCUAUUAUUGAUGAAUUGCAGGUCAAGGUGGAUGAGUUGUUGCUGAAGCUUGAAGAGGAAGAGGACCAAGAGGGUGAGCCAAGUGCUGCAAAUGCUGCUGAUGCAGAUGCAAGCACUGAUGAAGAGGAAGGAUUUGAUGAGAAUGAAGAAGAAACUGGGGAGGAAUCCAGUUCUGAUGAUUAG